UCCGGCCGGCCUUGAAAUACCAUCAGCGGUCCCAGAGCUGCGCAGUGCCCCGGUUCCCCGCACCAUGGGUGGCAGGAGAGUCUGCAUCGUGGGCUCCGGCAACUGGGGUUCGGCCAUCGCCAAAAUCGCCGGGGGUAACGCGGGGCGGCUGAGCGGGUUCGAGAAGGAGGUGAGGAUGUGGGUGCUGCAGGAGGAGGUGGGAGGCCGGCAGCUCACGGACAUCAUCAACACGGAACACGAAAAUGUCAAAUACCUGCCCGGCCGCAAGCUGCCACCCAACGUGGUGGCAGAGCCAGACCUGCUGAAAGCCUGUGCUGGGGCUGACAUCCUCCUCUUCGUGGUCCCCCACCAGUUCAUUGGCAAAGUCUGUGACCAGCUCAAGGGCCACGUGAAGAAAGAUGCAGUUGGGAUGUCCCUGAUCAAGGGGGUGGAUGAAGGACCAGAUGGGCUGAGGCUGAUCUCAGACAUUAUCCGUGAGAAACUGGGAAUAGAGAUGAGCGUCCUCAUGGGGGCCAAUAUUGCUAAUGAAGUGGCAGACGAGAAGUUCUGUGAAACAACCAUCGGCUGCAGGAACCCACAGCACGGGCAGGUGCUGAAGGAGCUGAUGCAGACACCAAACUUCAGGGUGACAGUGGUGCAGGAAGCUGACACUGUGGAGAUCUGUGGGGCUCUCAAGAACGUCGUGGCUGUUGGGGCUGGAUUCUGCGAUGGGCUGGGCUACGGAGACAACACCAAGGCCGCCGUGAUUCGCCUGGGGCUGAUGGAGAUGAUUGGCUUCGCCAAACUCUUCUGCAAGGGCCCCGUCACCCCCUCCACCUUCCUGCAGAGCUGCGGGGUCGCCGACCUCAUCACCACUUGCUAUGGUGGCCGCAACCGCAAGGUGGCCGAGGCGUUUGCCAAAACCGGGAAGUCAAUUGAUCAGCUGGAGAAGGAGAUGUUGAACGGGCAGAAGCUGCAGGGUCCCCAGACUUCUGCCGAGGUGCAUCGAAUCCUGAAAAGCAAGAACAUGGUGGAGAAGUUCCCCCUCUUCACAGCUGUGUACAGGAUCUGCUACGAGGGCAAACCUGUCACUGAUGUCAUCAGGUGUCUGCAGAACCACCCUGAGCACAUGUGAGUGGGCUCUGUCUCCAGAACCCCUGGUCCUGCCCAGAUGAGCAGAGAGCUCCUGCCCACACCCACCUCCUCUGCUGCCACCGCUCGGUCUGGAUCUCCUGGGAGCCUUUGGCAGAGUGCUGGAAGGGCAGGGGGCUUCCCUGUACCCAGCCCUGGGCACUCAGCCUGGCACAGAGGAAGCUCUGCUCUCCCUCUCUGAUGCUGCUGGGUGGGCUUUGCCCUGCGUGGGGCUGAGCACUUCCCUCCUUUUCACUUUCUCUUGCUGUGAUGGAUUCAGUUCCCUGAGGGAUUCUGCCAGGUCAUCUGGAUCCAGCCUGGGAGGACAAAGCUUUUGCUGUUGGCCCCCAGGGGCUGCUUUGCAUCCUGCCAGCCCUUCCCCUCCUUGCUGCUCUUGCUUUUUGCCUUCCCUUGGCUCAUGGAAAGGGCAGAGUGCACUGCCAGGCUCCACCAGGGUGACUGAAGCUCCUCAGGACUGAGAAAUCACUCUUCUUUCCAAGAAACACCAGCACACAAACCAGCAAUCUGGGCCACCUUGCCACCUGCUGCUUCCCCAGCUGCUCCUGCCAGUGCCUCGGGGCUGAGGGCAGCCCUGGGCUGAGAGGCUUUGCAGCUGGUUUGAUGCAGGUUUUUGGUUUUGCUCUCACAAUCAGACCUGGUCCCUGCACCCAGGGAACAUCCUUGUUGUCACAGAGCUGCCUGUGCUAAUUCCAUGCCCUCUGGCUGUUCCCAGAAAGCUUUUCUCCCUUGUACUGGUCUGUCCUGGCUUUGGCAAUGCAGGGACCAACUGCCCCCAAGUCUUGCUGAGCAGCUGGCAGGCUCUGUAACCCUUGGCAGGGGACCUGACAGAGCAGUUGGGUCGUGUUGCUUUCAGAUGAAUGAUCCACAGCAGCCCUUUUUUUGCCUUCUCUCUGGCUUGCUCCAGUCUGUGCCUUAGCCUGCUCUUUGCUUCUACAAGUGGCUUUUGUGGGAGCAGAGCAAGCAGGUUUUCCACCCUUCCUUUCCCUACUGCCUUUCCUGGGAGGGUGCUGGAAACUGCCCCCCCCCCCCCUUCCUCCAGCAGAAGGGGCAGCAAUGGACACGUGGAUCCAAACAGCCCUCCCAACAAUCACAGGAGAGGACAGAGGUCUCCUGCCUUGUGUUGUGCCUUUGGAACUUGCCCCUUGUCCAGCUGGGUGCCACGUGCCUCUCUGGUCCUCUGAAUCCUCCCUCAUUCCUCUGGUGUUUGCUCAGGCCAGUGUGGCCAGAGGUUCACUCACCCCUGUCUGGGCUGGCAGGUGGGGGGGCUGCUGCACUGCCCACCCCCCAUUCCCCCUCUCUUCUGGGUCCCAGCACUGCUGGGUCUCUUUCAAAUCAGAAUAAAAAAAGCUGGAGAGGAGAAGGGAGAUGUGCUGCUGGCUCUGGGGCUUUGGGUUGGUGCCUGCUGGAGUUGCUAAGAGUGCAGAGCAGGGCACUGUCCCUUCCCUCCUGGCUCUGCACCCUCCUGUGCUGUCCCAGAAACACCAAGAAUGCCCCUGCAGGUCACUGUUCUGCCACCCUGUACCCUGGUGUCCCACUUGCUUUUUCCUCAGCACUGGUUCUGCUGUUAUAUUGUGGCUCUGGGGAUUGCAGAGCUGGGCUCAGACCCUCAACUUUGCUACCUGGGGCCUGCAGGAGCCAAGCCAGGACCCCACUGUGCCCCCUGUACCCCAAGCCUCCCCUUCUCUGAUGUCUUGGUUUCUUGGAACAUGCUGUGUUGUUUUAUUCACUUUUUUUUUUCCCCAGAAUUGUCUUGUUUCUCUUUGAAAUUCAUCUCAUACUGAGUGACCUUUCCAGGACUCUUAGACCUCUGCUCAGCCUCUUGCUAAGGGAAUUUAAUCUGCUGGCAGUGCAGUUGUUUCUGUGCCUUUUAUUAGACACACUUUCUCAGUAGGCACCCCGACGACCUUUAAAUUCAACUGAGCUAUGGCAGGGAAAGCAGCCAGCAGCAGCUUCCUCUGAGGAGCAGCCUUAUUGAGGUUGGAGGGAAGAUAAAGGAAGUGCAGUGUGUUCCUGCAGGGCUUGGCACAACUUCUGGUUCCCUUUGCCUUGAAGUGCUGCAGGAAUCCCAGAGUGAGUGCUGGGACAUGAGGGGUUCACCCAGGACAGAGUCUCUCCCUCCACACAGGGCACUUUCUCACCAUGGCUUUCUAAGCUCUUGACAGGAACUUCCUGGAGCUGCAGCAGGAUCUGCAGUUGUCUUUUGGAUUUGUAUUUCCCUGGUAGAUCCUCCGCUGUGGAAUUGUUUCCUCCAUCCCAAACCCUGUGGUUUCUUGGUGCUGUCCCUGCAGCCCCCUCCCAGCCUUCACUGAGGGUCCCAGCUCUCACCUGGGGCAGCGUAGAAGGCUCUUACCUUUUAGCCACCCCAUGCUUUGCACUGCUGCUGGAGUUCACAAGCUAUAAAAAGUCUUCCCUUUGCCA